GUGCCAUGCAACAUGGAUGCAUCGGCAAAGUUGUAACCUGCAAAUGGAUAUUGACAUUGCUCUGGAUGCCAGUGCAACGUAGAGUUCAGCGGAGAUGUGAAGCGGCUACAGAUGGAACUGGAGUGUUCUGCAAAUUCAGUUAGCUGCCUGUGCGCAUUCAGACGAAAAUAGAAAGAAAUGUUCAGUCGACUGCUCUGUUUAUAGCCAAGUGCGCGCGCCCUUGACCUGCAGAUAAUGCAGGGCGGCACCCGUAUCCACCGACCUGCGAUGUUCACCACCGCACGCUGCUUCUUGCCUCUCCACUCGCAACCGCGCGCCGCCGUCCCCUCCCGUCGCCACGCGCGGCCGCUCACCGCCGUCUGGGUCAGGCCACGCCGCAGAGGCGCGCGCCGCGACCGUGCAUGGGACGACGACGGCGGGGGAGGCAGCGGCGACGAGGACGCCGUCGACGAGAGCUUCUUCGGGGACCCGUGGGACGAGGAAGAGCCAGUCGUCGAGCCGGAGGAGCCAGAGGAUCCGUACGUGAGGCGACGACCCGCCGCCUCGUCCGAAUCGCCCGCGGGGCAGCUGCGCGGGUCGGACGUGCUGCGGGCGCUGCAGCGGGCGGCCGCCGCGAAGGAGGCCAAGAAGAAGGAGAAAAGGCGGAACGCGGGAGCACGGCCGGCGGCGCGUCGGCAGGAGAAGAAGGGAGGUGGCGUCGGCGGCGCCAAGACCGUGGAGGUGGUGGGGGAGGUGAGGCCGAUAGAGAUAAGGCGCGAGUGGGCGCCGAGGAUCCGGGAGCUGGAGCUCAGGGUGCAGCAGCUGCUCGACAGGCAACACCAGUAGAAACCUGAAACCGCAACUGAAGUCAAAUGUUACCUGAACCGCAACUGAAGUCAAAUGUUUCAUACUCCGCUUGUAUUUGUCUGAUCCGAGAUUUUCACAUGAAAACCGAUGGUCUCAUAAUUGAUCAGACAUUUGACGAUCUGAUAA